AUGUCUUUUAUUAAAAAAUUUACUUCUAAAUUUAACAAAAAAAAUCAAAAAUUUAUUGAAGAAAAUAACUGGAAUAAUUACCAACAAAAUGAUACUCCUUGGAAUAUUGAAGAAAAAAAUGAUGAAAAUUCUUGGGAUGAAAUUGAAGAAAAUUCG